CUCCUCCUCCUCCUCUUCUUCUCUGCCUGAGUGGGUGGGCAGGGAGGCGUGAUGGAGGCCCCUCCUCCCCGGAGAUGACUCCUCCCCCUCCCCUUCGCCUCUGACCUCCUCAGGCAGCGAGCGUUCCCAUCAGAUCGACCUGCAGCAGAGCAGCAGAGCGGCUGCUUCACCUUUAACCCGAGGACUUGUUCUUCUGCUCUCCCUGAGGAACGUAGGCAGCGACCUGCUGGAUGACGUCUUUUUGAACCUGCGAGGUGUGAUCACCUGGACCCGUCUUUGCUUUGGGACGGUUUGAGAAAAGGAAAAAAAGUGAAUUAGCAGUUUUUUCAGACUGGGUGAGACGCAGCGGCGGGAAAGACCAUGUUCUCCUCCAGGAGGCUCCUCCAGCGCUGGUGCUUCUCCGUCUUCCUGCUCUGCUCCCCGGUUCCUCACUUCGGACGACCCAUCGACGCCCCGAGCCGAACGAGGCGCUCCGUCACUCACGCCCAGCUGAUGCACGACAAAGGCCGGACGCUGCAGGACUUCAAGCGCCGCAUGUGGCUGCAGGAGCUCCUGGACGAGGUCCACACGGCCGCGGUCAGGGACCUCCCGGGGGGGGCGGUCCUCAACCCCAGCACCACCGGCAGCACCCUGCACUCCAAACCCCCCGGGGGCACCAAGCACCUCCCCGUGGGCUUCGGGCCGGAGGAGGAGGUCGGGGGGGGGCGCACCAACCUGCCGCAGGAGACCAACGAGUACCAGGUCUACAAGGACGGAGCCCCCAGAGCCCCCGGCAAGAAGAAGAAGAAAGGGAGGUCCGGCAGGAGGAGGGAGGGGGACAAGAGGAAGAGGAGGGCGCGCUCGGCGGGCCGCAGGGAGGAGGAAGAGGAGGAGGAGGAAGGAGGGAGCGGAGGCCUCCCCCCGCUUUAAGACGCUGUCAGUCUGUGACGCAGGACUCUACGGAGGCUCGGACUCCUGAACUCACACGUCGUGAUUGUUUGGAAAGAAAUUGGAAAAUAUUUAUUGCCUGUAAAUAUUCUAAAUAUAGCAGAAUAGAUAAAACACGAUAAAAACAAAAAAACUCCUCUGACACUCUGUGAGGCGACAGAUUUGAAUCUUUUAUGCUAUUUUAUUUCUUUUUUUUACUCCAGUUGCGUCCGAUUUGUUUUGCGAUAAUUUAUUUUGUCUGAAUGGUGUAUUUAUUUUGUAAAUGUACCGAGGUGCUGCUGACCUUCUAUAUUUUUGUACCAUAUUGCACUUUAGAUAUAUAAAUAUAAAUAUAUAUAAAUAUACCAUGGAUUUAGUUUGUUGACUUGUUUUUGUGGUGGAUUGAAAUGAAGAAGGAGGAGAAGAAGUCCUUUCCUUUGGUUUGUUCGGGAAGUCUCGUCUCCCGGUUCCUGCUGCUGUGCUGCCUUCAGGGUCCUGUCCUGUCCCCCUGUGCUGCCUUCAGGCUCCGCUCCUCGUUUGAACAGAAACCCGGUUGCUGGUGUUUUUGGGCCUUGUGCACUGAGAUGAACUCGCUGCUCUGAACGGAUUAAACG